GCAACGAAGCUUCAUGUUGUCUAUUUUCUUGGUCUUUUCUCAAUUUUCGUUCACCGCGUUUGUAAGGAGAAACUCAAACCUUCACCACUUAUUAGUUUCCUUUAUCGCGUUUCUCAGUUUCACUAGAAGAGUAGUAGUAGCAAACACACCCAUAAGCACAACAUAGAACAAACAGCCCCAGCAGUCCGUUUUUUCUUUUCUCUUCGUUUUGUGUGUGUGAGAGAGAGAACUAGAGAACGAGGGAGUGAGGGAGAGGGAAACAUGAACAGCGAAUCGGACCCUCUAUUGCCACCAGAAGUGUCGGCUAAGUCAUGGAGGAUAAAUCUGGAAGAGUACUUCCCUGCAUCGACUGGAAGAGUACUUCAUAGUGGCUCCUGCACUCUGUGCCGCCUUCUUCGUACCCCAAUAUGCAAACAAUGCAAAGUUAAUGAUUACUACAAGAAACAAGAAAGGCAACUUGAUGGGUAUGCUGAGAUAGAGACCAUGAUUGAAACAGGUUGUGCUCCUGGAAAUCCAGUAGAGGUUGGUUAUUCUGCACCCCCUAGCCCCCAAAACAUUCAUAUAUUUCUUGUGAUAUUUUCUAUUUUGUAGGAAUUGAAAAUUCUUUUAAUGCUGGUUUCUAAAGUCAAACAUUAUAGCGUUUAUAGGAAAUAUUCAUAAAGUUUCAUCCAAGAUGGGGGUCAUGGCAUCAUGCCCAACUCCUUUCUUUUGUUUUAGUUGUAUUCCCCCCUAGCUUGAUGAUUUUAAAUGCGUGUUCAUUAUAGUGGUGUCAAAUGGAAAAUUUUGGAAUAAAACAAGAAGGAAAUUUCUGAGUUUGAUUGUAUAAAAUAAAUUGACUACUAUUUGUGAUCAUAUUUCUUCCUCUAUGACACAUUUGUCUCCUCGUGAACCUAUUUGAUAAAAGUUUCCAGCUCCCCUUAUUAGGAACCACUGAUUUCCUAACGAUUUCCAUGCAUCCCUAUUAGGAACCACUGAUUUCUUAACAAGUGAUAUCAAAUCCAUUGAUCUUGGGAUGACCAAAUCUGUUGCGUUGCAUCAAAGUUCCAUGGAUUUACCAAAAUCAAAGGUUGAGAUCCUUUUACAUGUCUUCUCAAAGUCUGAAUUCUUUACUCUUGACAACACUUUACCACAUUUCAAGCCGUCCUCUUAUCACAUGGAAGAAGAGGUGUAGAAAUGGAUUCAAGAAGCAGAGGUAUGGGGAUUCUGCACAAAUUGGACGGAGUUUUAUGUAGCCUACAAGAUUGGUUUCUAACAAAUUUCUCUCUCUCUCACUCAAGAGGAACAAAAUAGAAUUGCUCGAUCUUAUUAAUUAACAAAAAAAUGAGAGCAUACAUGAUAAAUACAUUGACACUGCUAUUUAUACAUACAACAAAGCAUAACCGCCUAAUCUAAGGGUCCAUUUUGUUGGGAGGAUGAAAAAGUAGGAAGAUAAAAAAUAUUUUAGUUUCUCUUAUUUGUGUUUAGUUAGGAGGGUGAAAA